GCCAGGGGCGGGGCUAAGCGCGGCUUCCGGGGGAAUCCCGGAACCCCGCGCCAAGCCCACCCCGCGGGUUGUGCCUUGGUGCUCCCUGCAGCGCGGUCCCCGGGUCCCGGGUUCUAGCCCCCCCCGCCCCGACUUAGGGUGUCAGGCACGCUGUUACGCGGCCCGGGGACCCCGCCCCUGUCCCCGCCUGCCAGUGGAAAGUACUGCAGAACCUGGACCCCCGAAAGGAACCGGCUUUCCACCGAGUUCGGCUCGCCCCCCACUGUCCUGUCCACCCGCUCCGGGACCCCCCGCUGCCCCCCACCAUGGCCCAGAAGCCCAAGGUUGACCCGCACGUCGGGCGGCUGGGGUACCUGCAGGCGCUGGUCACGGAGUUCCAGGAGACCCAGAGCCAAGACGCCAGGGAGCAGGUCCUCGCCAACCUCGCCAACUUCGCCUACGACCCCCACAACUACCCGUAUCUGCGGCAGCUGCAGGUGCUGGAUUUAUUCCUCGACUCGCUCUCGGAGGAGAACGAGACCCUGGUGGAGUUUGCGCUGGGAGGCCUCUGCAAUCUGUGCCCGGACAGGGCCAACCGGGAGCAUAUUGUGCAGACGGGAGGCGUCCCCCUGGUCAUCAACUGCCUGUCCAGCCCCAACGAGGAGACCGUGCUGUCGGCCAUCACCACCCUCAUGUUCCUCAGCUCGGGCCCGGGCCGGCCGGCCGAGAUCAGCGCCCUGCCCGUGGUCCAGUGCAUGCUGCGCUUCUCCCUCUCGGCCAGCGCCCGCCUCCGCAACCUGGCCCGGCUCUUCCUGGAGGACUUCUGCCCCCCCAGCCUGGUGGCCGAAGCCCGCAGCCGGGACGCGCAGUCCGCCCUGGGCAUCCCCCUGCCCCGGGCCUCGGGCCCCCGGCGCUCCUGAAGGGACAAGCUCGGGCCCAGGGUACGCUUCUGCCCGACGGCUGAAGGGGCCACCGAGCACCUACCGGGCAGUCCCCAUCUGGCGCCCGGUCAACGUGUGACGUGGGGAAGGGCGUCAGAGGUGCUCUGCCAGAGGUGGGGGUCCAGCUUCCGUCCCCGCCUCUCUGAGCAGCGUCUGGAGGCACUCGGAGGAAGGAAGACGCAGGGAUGUCGUGCAGAACAGACCCAAGAGGUCUACGGCGGAGGGCGCUGGCCUUGCACGUGGCCGACCCGUGUUCGAUCCCCGCCACCCCAUAUGGUCCCCCAGAUCCGCCAGGAGUCACCUCUGAGCACCGCUGGGUGUGACCCCAAAAGAAAACAGAACCCCAGUACUGCAGGGCUGUGCCAGCUGGUCACUCAGUCCACACAGCCCUGCCCA